CAGGUGGGAGUGUCAGGUGAGGCGCGCGGCGCUCUUCCGGGUUCACUUUGCUCGGUUCCGCAGACACCGAUGGCGGGAGUCCGCUCCUCCGACCCGCGCGCGCGGUGACAUGCGCUCGAACCGUCAGAUCCAUUCGGAAGCAGAAGAAGUUCUGGGCGCGCGCGCUCGAGAGAGAGAGAGAGAGAGUCCAUCCCGACCGGAGGCACCUGUUGCUCCAGUUCCGGCGCGCAGGUGUCCCGAAACACCUGGAUUACUGUUCGCGGGGGAAUCCUGACGUGAGGGAUGAAGGUGACGGUGGAUUUCGCGGGCACGGCGGUGGUGGUUCCCUGUAAGGACGGAUGGACGGUUCGGGACUUGACCGAACAGGCCACCCGGAGGUACCGGCGGAUUCUGGAGCAGCAUGGAGACGCCGAGAUGAAGGUCCAUCACUUGGAGUACGCAGAAGGAGGAAUCCUGGACAUGGACGACCUGCUGGUUGACCUCGUGGAAGACCGAGACAAGCUGGUCGCCAUAUUUCAAGAUGAGCCCCGACCAGGGACCGAGAGUCCCCAAGAAGCCACGUCCAACGGUUUCCCCAGCCCCGCCCCGAGUCCAGAACCUUUGCCGUACUACGGCCACUUGGAGUACGAAGACCCCGGUCGGGGCGAGAUCGAGGUCACCGAGGACACCCUCCUCAAAUCCAAUACUCCUCUGAUGGUGAGGAGCAGCAGUGACUCGGCGUUGGCUCCUCCCCUUGAGAAGAUCCCCACACCUCCACCUGAUGAUCCCGACUCCAGGCCUCCUGAAGCUGAAAUCAGCCAGGUUCUGAAGGGGGCCCUGGACAGACUGCGCACAGACAGCCCCACAGCCAAGAUGAACCAAGCCAACUACAGCUCUUUGACGCGUACCGUUGAGUUCCCAGGUGACCGCGGGCCUCUGGGCAUCCACGUGGUCCCCUACUGCUCCUCUCUCAGCGGACGGACUCUGGGGCUGUACAUUAAAGGCAUUGAGGAAAACAGUCGUUCCAGGCGGGAAAAGCUCUUCAGGGAGGACGAGUGCAUCGUCCAAAUCAACGACACGCCUCUCCUGGACAAAACCUUCGCACAGUCUCAGGAAGUGUUCCGACAAGCCAUGGUGUCCCCCUCCGUCUGCCUGGAGGUCCUUCCUGCCGCCAACAAGCCUCGCUACGAGAAGACCCUGAUCGGUCAGCUCUUCUCCGACGGCAAGGAGAGCCCCUCCAAAACCAGGAGCCCCAUGACGAGCCGAGCUGAGCCGGACGCCAAACAGGAUCCGAAGCCGAAGGUCGACGCGAAGCUCUCAGAGGGUCGCAACAAAAGCUUGGAGUCCAACCUGCAGAGCAAACCACAGGUGCAGCCCGCGGAGAGGGCAUCCCCCACACCCCCAAGCCCCUCCCCGACACGCAGCCAGAGCCCGCCGGACCCCAAGAGCCCCACUGCCCCAGGCCUGACCACGCUGACCACCCGGAAGGGCGGCAAGAAGAUCCGAGUCGACCUGAAGAAAGGGACGGAGGGGCUGGGCUUCACCGUGGUCACCAGGGACUCCUCCGUCCACGGCCCGGGGCCCAUCCUGGUCAAGAACAUCCUGCCGCGCGGCGCGGCCAUCAAAGACGGCCGCCUGCAGCCCGGAGACCGCAUCCUGGAGGUGAACGGCGUGGACAUGAUGGAGCGCAGCCAGGAGGAGCUGGUGGCCAUGCUGCGCAGCACCAAGCAGGGCGAGAGCGUCCGCCUGCUGGUGGCUCGGCCGGACGACGGCUUCCUGCCGCGAGAGCUGAAAGGCGAGGAGGCGAGCAGUCAGGUGGUAGAGGAUGGCAGGGAGCAGCUGAUGUACGAGAUCCCGCUCAACGAAACGGGCUCGGCCGGCCUGGGAGUCAGCUUGAAGGGGAACAAGUCCAGGGAGACCGGAGAAGACCUGGGGAUCUUCAUCAAGUCCAUCAUUCAUGGAGGAGCGGCUCAUAAGGACGGCCGGCUGAGCAUCAACGACCAGCUGAUAGCGGUGAACGGCGAGACUCUCAUCGGGCGCUCCAACCACGCUGCCAUGGAGACGCUCCGGCGCUCCAUGUCGUCGGAGGGAAACGCCCGCGGCACCAUCCAGCUGGUGGUCCUCCGCUCGUCCAGACAGGCGGGAGGUGCCACCUCGGCACCAACUUCAGGAGGAAGCGCGUCCCCCACCCUGCAACCUCGCAGUCAGGACGCCACCAGCAUCCAGGAGCCCCGGGGCCCCGAUGCGUCCCCGAAAGCCUCCCGACCCUCCAGAGCUCCGAAGCUGGAGUCCGCCGUGAACGGCCACGCUCCUCUGAGAAGCGUCCCCACCAACGACAGCUACAGCAACGAGGAUGACGAGGGGGGCUUCCCCCCACCCCCGUCCCCGAGUACCGUGGAAGAAAUGAACAAAGAUUUAACUCUGGCUGCCCCACAACACGGUGAUUCCUCACCGACGCCGGCAGCUCCCCUCAGGAAUAAGCGUCUGGACCAGGAACGCUUCCUCCAUAACCGAGCCUCCAAGAGCAUGGACUUAGUGCCUGAUGAGAGCAACCUGGUUGGGAAUAGUACAGAGCCCUCCGCUGGAGGAGCGUUCGGCCCCACCCUGGGCCUCCAGAAGUCCAGUUCUCUGGAGAGCCUCCUGACCGCCAUGUCGGAGCAGAGCCACGCCCCCGUGCCCUUCCAUCGGCCGCGGCCCAACAUGGUCCGAGGGCGAGGGUGCAACCAGAGCUUCCGCAACGCCAUCGACCGGUCGUACGACGGGCCUUCUGAGGACGACGACGACGGCUCGGAUCAGAGCUCCGGCCACGAGACCCCGGCCAGCAGCUCCUCCCGCCAGGACCUGGACGCCGACGAGGGGAAGAAGAAGAAGAAAACCAAAGGGAAGAAGAAGGAGAAGAAGAGCAAGGGGAAGAAGAAAGGCGAGGAUUCUGGAGACGACCUGGAGAAGAAACCCAAAAAGAAGGGCUUUGGGAUCUUACGAUUUGGAAAGAAAAAAGACGACAAGAGCAAAGACACCAGCAAACUAUCCAAGAACAGGCUGGACGCUCUGAGCGAGGAGGAGCUGGACCAAAGAGACGGCGGCGACGCCCGUUACGCCGACCCUCGCCCUGGUUACAUCACCCCCGACCGAGGUUCCCUCCCAGACUACGACGAUGACGACAGCGACCCCAACUACGCUCGCGUCAACAACUUCCGCCAGGCUCCUUCCCCGCGCUCCCUAACCAGCCGCACCCCUUCCCCGGCGAUGCAACCAGCAGGGCGGAGCGGCCAGCUCCAGCCCCCCUCUGAGGAACUCGAUGGACUAUACGCCAAAGUCAACAAGUCCAGACCUCCACCGGCUUCACAGAACCAGCAGCCGAUGUACGGCGACAGCAGUCCUCAGGGUCCGCACAGGGAGUACCCUCAGGCCAGAGCCGCCCCGGGGUACGAGGAGCUGGAUGCUGCCAGACGCCGAGUCCUGGACCAUGACCCGCACAGGGUCGCACCCAGAGGAGCCGAGUCCCGACCGGAGCGCCACUACGAAGAGGUCGACCAGCGCUACCAGGCUCCGCCCAGGAGGGAUCCGUACGACUACCCCACCCACUCCAGGCCGGUGGCGCGGGACCCCGGCCCGUACGCCCCCCAGCAGCGCUACCACCCCCCCGCCCAGCAGCAGCGCCCACAGCUGAGGCAGGACGUCCCGCCGUCCCCCACCGGGGGCCGGAGGGGCCGCUACUACAACGACCCCGCCCGGGGGAGGGCGGACGGGUACCGGCAGGCCAGUCCGGGCCGCUACGACGAGGACAGACAGCCCGACCCCCGGCGGAAGAACGCCAUGAUAGCGCCGGUGUGAACGCACAGAGAUCACAGCCAGGUGUGUAGAUAUUGAUGAAGCAGCGGAGACGACUUUUCUUUUGAAAAAGAGUUUAAAUAUUUAAAGGUUUUAUAAUAUAAAGUAAUAUUUAGGGGUAAAUGUUGCACAGAACUAUAUCAAAUACUUGGUGCCAAAUGUAUCAAAUGAAGGUGAUUAGAAUUAGAGCUGACUUGCAUUUUGCACGAUCAAACAGAAGAAGCAGAAAAGAAAACAUCCGAGCUUUUGAUGUUUGUGACCUUUCCUGCCACCGGCGCCGCUUUGCUCCGCCCCUCCCUCAGACGGAUCUGCGCUUAUGAGUCUCCAUCAGCGCAUAGAUCCGCCUAAUGAAGCUUUAUCGUCCCUCAAUGCAAACCGUGUCAGCCAUGUUUGAUUUGAACACACUGCAUGAUUUGGGUUUUUUCUACUUAUACUUUGCAAUAAACAUUUGAAAACAAAAACGUCUGUUUUGUUGUGGUUCUUUCUC